AUGACUCUUAUCAAAGUUGAAAUGGGUGCUGGCAUAGGCCUGACUGUCCAGGGGUUUGACAUCUACAGGAAGGUGCCAAAAGACCUUACACAGCCAACCUACACAGGGGCUAUUAUCUCUGUCUGCUGCUGUCUCUUCAUACUGUUUCUCUUCCUGUCUGAGCUCACCGGAUUCAUAGCCACUGAAAUAGUUAAUGAGCUCUAUGUGGAUGACCCAGACAAAGACAGCGGAGGUAAAAUAGAAGUGAAUCUGAACAUCAGUUUGCCAAACCUGCAUUGUGAAUUAGUUGGACUUGACAUCCAAGAUGAAAUGGGAAGGCAUGAAGUGGGUCAUAUUGACAACUCAAUGAAGAUACCUCUCAAUAAUGGGGAUGGCUGCAGGUUUGAGGGCCAUUUCAGCAUCAACNAGGUCCCUGGUAACUUUCACGUGUCGACGCACAGUGCCACUGCGCAGCCUCAGAAUCCUGACAUGACUCACAUCAUCCACAAGCUCUCAUUUGGGGACAAGUUACAGGUCCAUAAUGUUCAUGGAGCAUUCAAUGCCUUGGAGGGAGCAGACAAACUCAGCUCAAAUCCUCUUGCAUCUCACGAUUACAUCCUGAAGAUCGUCCCGACCGUGUACGAGGACAUGAGCGGCAAGCAGCGGUACUCGUACCAGUACACUGUCGCAAAUAAGGAGUAUGUAGCCUACAGCCACACUGGCCGCAUUAUCCCAGCUAUCUGGUUUCGUUACGAUUUGAGCCCCAUCACAGUGAAAUACACAGAGAGACGACAGCCCUUGUACAGGUUUAUCACAUCGAUAUGUGCCAUCAUUGGCGGGACAUUUACUGUAGCUGGGAUCCUCGACUCCUGUAUUUUCACAGCAUCAGAGGCCUGGAAGAAGAUCCAGCUGGGGAAAAUGCAGUAGCAGUAAAACUCUACCCUACUCUCCAAGGACAGAAGCAAAGAUUGAGAAAUCUACCACUACCUGUUUUUGUCUUUAUUUUCUCUUUGAUUGAAUCAGUAAGUUUUUCUCUAAUCAGGCUGUUCAGUGAAGAUGUCUUCAACAAAUCAAAGAAAUUUACAUGCAUUUCAGAGCUCUGAGAGUGGAAAAAUCGAUGGAAUCAGGGUGUGGAUUUCGAUUCUCUCCCCCAAAGGGAGAGAGGAUGAAAUGCCAUAUAUGAAAUACACGGUCAAAUCUAAGGAAGGAUGACAGUCUGUUCUCUGGGAGGUUCCUACAGCAGUGUACAAACUAGGUAGUAGAUUGCAAAGAUUUGAACUGUCUUGUGGCACUUUUUUGGAGUUCUGUUGGAUUUGCAUGAUUAGACAAUCGACUUCUGUAGAAGGCAAAAUUAUACAUUAGGAAGAAAUUCCACCCAUGGUGCCAAAAAAGGUGAUGUGUCUGUUGGUGAGAAAUGGAAAGUGUUAGUCCCUGUAGCAAACUUUAGAGACAGAGGGCAGAAAUAACAUCAAGAAAUGUUUUGUGCUCUUAUUGAAAGUUCUUUUGUUCAGAUAUCACCUUUCUAAUGAAAAGAACAAACGAGAAGAGGAAGCCUUC